UCCCUGAAUACAGAAUCGCCAAAUAAUUGCGGUCCCCUGUAUGACUUGUAAUUGUAAUGAUUUUUCCUCCCGGAUCACAAUAAUGUUAUUGACAUAAACACUGACCGACUGACUGAUUGCAUGGUUCUUAACCUUUGUUAUCAGUCGUACGUUUACCCCCGCCAAUUUCAAGUUAUCAUAGCUGAUCGUUCGAUCCAGCAGCAGCUUGCUACGUCACUGCACACCUCGAAACUGUAUUGCGGCAAUACAGACAAUAGUUAAAAACAUCGCGGUUGCGGUCGGACGUGUCUCGCGUAGUGCGUGAAACUACAAAUAACUGUUUACGCUACGUUAGGUUUUAUUUAAAGAUCCAGUGGGAAAUGACGAGUAUUAAAUUAAGUUUUCUCAUUUUGUUCACUUAUGGUCUACUGGCAAGGAACUCGCUGGGUCUAUCGCCUGUUAUACUGAUUCCUGGCGAUGGUGGCAGUCAACUCGAAGCCCGGCUUAACAAAACAAGUGUAGUUCACUAUAUCUGUGCCAAAACAUCUCCCGACUACUUCAACAUAUGGCUGAACCUUGAACUCCUCGUGCCAUUUGUCAUUGACUGCUGGGUAGACAACUUGAAGUUAGAAUAUGACAAUGUUACUCGUACAACAAAAUGUCCUGAUGGGGUUGAUAUCCGGAUACCGGGAUGGGGUAACCCGGAGCCUGUGGAAUGGUUAGACCCGUCACACCAGAGUUCUGGAGCUUACUUCAAUACAAUAGCAGAUUCACUGGUCAAGAUAGGUUACAAGAGAAAUGUAUCUAUCCUCGGUGCUCCAUAUGACUUCAGAAAGGCUCCAAAUGAGAACGCGAAAUUCUUCACGGAUCUCAAAGCCCUAGUCGAGAACACAUACGAAGUGAACAACAAGUCCUCAGUAACGUUGCUGGUGCACAGCAUGGGAGGGCUGAUGGCGAUGCACUUCCUGAGGCUGCAGCCUCAAGCCUGGAAGGACCAGUAUAUAAGGAGGCUCAUCUCGCUGUCCACGCCCUGGGGCGGGUCUAUGAAGGCUGUUAAAGUUUUUGCUAUAGGCGACGAUCUGGGCAGCUUGAUGCUGCGCGAGAGCAUAAUGCGCGCGCAGCAGAUCACGUGCCCGUCGCUGGCGUGGCUGCUGCCCUCGCCGCUCUUCUGGAAGCCUUCAGAGGUGCUCGUGCAGACCGACAAGUAUAAUUAUACUAUUAACGACUUCCAGAAGUUGUUCACUGACAUGGAGCUGCCGGACGCGUGGGAGAUGCGCAAGGACACGGAGAAGUACACGAAGGACUUCGGCGCGCCCGGCGUCGAGGUGCACUGCAUAUACGGGUACAACAUCACCACUGUUGAGAGACUAGUAUACAAGCCAGGCACCUGGCUCGACGGUUACCCAACCCUGUCAAUGGGUGACGGCGACGGCACCGUCAACCUGCGCUCGCUCCACGCGUGCGAGCACUGGCGCAAGCGCAGCUUCCGUAACGGCAACCCGGUCAAGUCCCUCCCGCUGCCCGGAGCCGAACAUCUCAAGAUAUUGCACGAUAAACGAGUGUUAGAUUAUAUUGAGCUCGUUAUGAAGAAUUGAAUGUAAGUUUUUAUUUAUGUUGUUUACAACGGAUUUAUACUGAGUCUGAUGUGUGAAGGGUUUGAAUCGCAGUGGAUGGUUUCUAAAAAAACUACUUUUAAGUAUGUGUUACAAAAACGCUGCCGUCAGUCGUAGUGAAUAAUUUCGAAAAAAAAACUGCGGUUUUCAUGUAACUUUAGCGCUCUGAAAUUAGCUAUUAAACGCUUUGCGCUUGCGCAGUAGUAUCUGGUUCAUACAGUUUGACUAGCGUGGAGUCACUGGUAACCAACUUUAGAUCGGAAAAGUUAUUUGACAAGAUAAACAAAAAACUUGAUUCUCGAAUUUGAAAGUCGUACUUCCUAAGAUAAGCGUGUCCAACCAAACAAAAUAAGCAGCUGGGUAAACUUAGUACAGAUGUUAUGUAAAUCAGUUUUAAAGUUGUUUUGUUUACAAUGAAUUUACGUACGUAAGUGCUUGUGACUCAGAGUGAGAAUUCCAAUGUAUUUAGGAUAUUAUUUUUGAUGAAUAAGCGGGUGCUUAAGAUAUGUGUGUAUGACAAUUAGUUAAGGACUUCAGUAGAGUUUUCAAUACAUACUAUGAUGAGGAGGGAAAAAGGGGACGGUUGAAUCUUGUUAGAUAUUAGUCAUUAUGUCUUCUAUAAACACCAAUUUAAAAGAUAUUAGUUAAUAGUAAGUUUUAAUAAGAGGAAUGAUGAUUUUAAUUAACAUUAAAAGUAAUGAGUAUGAGUAAAUACUUACUGAGUCUUGAUAAGCUCUACAGUGUCUUCGUAAACAGAUAAUUAUUAUUAAUGCGAUUCCACUCUUUUAUUUUAUACUGAUAAAAGUUGUUAUGUUAACAUUAUUUUAUUUUUGUACAUAGGGAUCUGUUUUGUAAAUAAAGUAUAAGAGAAAGUCUAAUAGGUACAGUCAGCAUAUAUUAGUAGACUUAAAAAUAAUAGUUACAUGUAUCUAACUGUAAUAAAUAAAAUACUUGCAUUCCUUGCCAGUUACCUGUAAUGCUUUAAAAAGAGUCAAAUAUUUACAUAAAUCUACAUUCUAAUAUUAAAACAAAAUCAUAGUCUUGGCAGAAAAUAUAUUAUUACAUCUAAGCUCUCUCAAAACUUAACAUUUAAGUAGAAAAUGGAACCUUAUCACUUUAGUAAUAAGAUUUAUAAUUGUUUAAGGGUUUAUUUUUACGAAUACUCGUAUAGAUUCACUAGCCUGUAUAUAUUUAGGUGACAAGCCAAGCUUCACGGCUGUGAUACUUCUUACGUGUUGUAUUUAUUUUGACAUUAUUUUGUAUUCGUACCAUGACAAAAAUGUGUUUUUUUUAUGUAUUUUUUUAGUAUUUUGUUUCUGUGUAAAGUCAAUUUGUAAUUUAGGGCUACUUUUGGAUUAAUCAGAUAACUUAAAUCUUUGUAAAAAAAUAAUAGUUUGACAGCAAAAUGGUUCAGUGUAUAGAUAAUAGUCAGACUACUGACCCCUUAGAAAGAUAAAUAAAAUAUAUUGAAAUAUGUUGAAAGGAAAAACUAUGUCAGUAUAUGAUUUGUUUAUUAAGUUUAAACCUACAAUACAUAAAAUAUCGACCUGCUAACAAAAAAUAAAUGCGAAAGGGACUCGUAUUUAUUUUUAUCUUUACUUCAAAACCGUUGAUAACAUACACGAGUACGAGAAAUACUCAUAAAUUCUUGUAAAAUACUCUUUCUGAGAUAAUAACAUUGUUCAAAUAUAAACCAAAGUAUCUCAAACGUUUGUUUUUAAAGAUAAAGAUAAUUCGAGAAAUUCUAAUCAACCAUUCGUAAAGUUGUGUUUACGAAUUGUUUGAUUCAUAUUAUUAUUGAUUUUAAAACAUAUACAAUGUAUAUGUAUGUACGAUAUUAAUCGAUGAAUUGUUUUAUUUUUACUUUUGUAAGAGUACACGGAUUUAAAUGUCGAAUAUAUUUGUAACGAGUUUGUAAACGAAUAUUUUUUUUUACCAAAAACUACUCAUUAUCUCAAUAUUUAUAUGUAUUGAAAGUCUAAUCUACCCUAGUUAUCCCCGAAUUAAGUAACACGAUGUGCUAAUUUACAAUUUCUACAUUUCUCUUAAGCUGUGGAAUAACAAAUAAAUAUUUAUAUAUAUUAGCUUUAAGUAGUUAAUUCUCCAUUCAUUUCCAUCUAACAAAGAAUAUGAGCUCGCAGCCGCAUCAAAUAACUUAUUAAGUAACAAACUGUAAAAGAUUUAGUUUUCUUUUACUAACUUAAAAAUCUAUAAAAACAUUUCUUGAAGAUUGCGAGCAUAUCAUCAACCCAUAUUUACAAUAAGGUAUUUUAUUUAAAUAAUUAGCAAAAAACUUAGUGAAAAGAUAUAAAUAUAUUACAAUGUAUUGGCUGAAAAUACAAUGUGAGAUUGUUAAAAGAAAUAAACAGAAACCCGGAUAAA